UUCCUCGGUUUUCCUUACUGCUUGCCUGCUAAGGAAAACAUAGUCGUCUAAAUACCCAAAAAAAUGAAGGAAAAAAAUUGAAUUAAUAAAUAAAAAUAGGGAAAAGAGAUAAAUUAAUAAAGAUAAAUAAAUUAAUAAAAAAGAAAGAAAAACCACUCCAUUUUUUUUAUUUAAUUGAUUAAUUAAUUGAAUCAAAAAGUGGCUUUUUAUUAUUUAAAGUCGCGUCCCCGUCCGAGCAGUGCCGAUCAGUCUCUGUUCCGUCGAAGUCUCCGCCCUCCUCCCCCGAAUCGCCGCCCGUUCUUUGCCGCUCCCUCCACCGUCCAUCCUCUUUCCGGUACGAUCCACUGCCAUCCUCGUCUCCCUCAUCUUGCCGCUCACCUCGUCUCCCCUGCUUUCCACCACCUCCCUCGCUCUCCAAACCCUAGAAGCCCUCGACCCUCUGAUCGGCUUCAUCAGCCUGUUCGCCCUCAUGGCCGAAUCUCCCUACGGCUUCGCCAUCUCGGAUUACUUUUCCUCCUUCGCAUCCAACUUUAAGAAUCCCUUCCCCAUUCUCAGGUCGUUCAGCUUCCACCACCACCACCACACUCGCCCCUCGUUGAGGACGCUCGUGAAUCUCUUCGCUGAAGAACCGAAGCGCCCCAAGCUGGUUCUCUACACCACCUCGCUCCGCGGCAUCCGCCGCACCUUCGAGGACUGCUGCGCCGUCCGCGCCAUCCUCCGUGGCUUACGCGUCGCCGUCGACGAGCGCGACGUCUCCAUGGACGUCUCGUUCCGCAUCGAGCUGCAGUCCUUGCUGGGCAAGGGCCGGCCGUUGGCGCUGCCCCAGGUGUUCAUAGAGAACCGGUGGCUCGGCGGGGUGGAGGAGAUCUGGCAGAUGAACGAGGCCGGGGAACUAGGCCGGAGGCUCGAGGGCGUCGCCGCGCAGGACCCUACGUUUGUCUGCGACGGCUGCGGUGGGGCGCGCUUCGUGCCGUGCUCGUAUUGCCAUGGAAGCCAGAAGGUCUUCGUGGAGAAGGAGGGGAGGAAGCGGCGAUGCGACGAGUGCAACGAGAAUGGGUUGGUACGAUGCCUUCACUGCUGUUCAUGAAUCUCAAUAACCCAAUCAAAUUAGAGAUAAGGAAAAGAAUAAUUUUACUGGAAGUAGCUUCGUAGAAAAUAAUUUGAAAGAACGAACCAAAGUCAAGAAACUAUUUUAUUCUUGAUCUUUGCUUGUCCCCUUCUGGAUGGGACCAGUUGACUUGCUCGAGAGAAAUCUGACCCAGUUUAGAUGUAACCGGGAAGGCUUUCUUGGUGAUGCAUCUUGUCGAUAAUUGAUGCUGACUUUGAGAAUGAACAACUGGUUCUCGUCUCAAUAGUUUGGGUCUAUUGACGAUAAGUUGUGUGUAUAUAUUAUUGUAUAUAUCGGUUUGCCAAUAAAGUAAAAUAGUCGUGUGUAUAUAUUGUUGAAUAUAUCGGUUUGCCUAUAAAAUGUUAAUUUCUUUUC